AUGGGCUCUGUGGGGUUCAGCUCUUUUGGUAGCCCCUUGGCAGCAGCAGCAGCAGCAGCAGCAGCAGCGCCACCGGGGCCCCCCAGGCGGCUGGAAGCAGCAGAAAUUCAAAGAAUAGAGCUGCUGUCUUUGAUAAGAGAAAGGCUGCUGAGUGGUUUUUACUCUAAGGGAAAAGCAGGAGGGACAAGCAGCAGCAGAGACCCGAGAAGAAGACCUCGAGGCCACUCACGCCGGGGCGAGGGCCUCUCUUCUGCGUGUCUCUCAUCAGAGGACUCCUCAAGCGAAGCAUCAGAGGGCUGUGCUGGCAGCACCUCGCGGCUUCCUGCUGCAGCAGCAGCAGCAGCAGCAGCAGCAGGAGGAGCAGUUGGCUUCGCGCUGCACGGCCAGCUGCAGAAGGCCAUUUCUUUGCUGCGCUCCCAUCCUGUCUCUCCAGACAUUCUUUUAGUUGCUUCUUACGGAGGCGACGUUUGUCUCCUGUCUCUUGCGGAGGCAGCAGCAGCGGCCAGCGAGCCCGCAGAGGCCUGCGGGGCCCCCGGGGGGCCCUCAGUGGCUUGCCCUGUCCUCAAGAGACUCCGCCUGGGUACCCAGUGCUGCUGGCUUGAGGGGGAGUGGAGCCGCACAGGGUUUGUUGCUGCUCUGGCGCACAGAUUUGGCUGUGUCUCUGUCUUCGGCUGCGGGGACUUUGCUGCUGCUGCUGCCACGUUCCCGGAGCAGUUCCUCUCCACCGAAUUCGCCACCACCACGGAGGCCCCCCAGGGGGCCCUCAUAGACAGCGCCAGCGGGCUGCCGCUGGGUUUGCUGCCUCGGGGGGCCCUCUUAGAUGCUGGGGGCCGCAGCUAUCCCUUUCACCUGCAGCCUCCUGCUGCUGCUGCUGCUGCUCUGUCAUUUGGCUGCGCCAACGCCUUCUUGUACUUGGCCUGGCGCCGCCUCUGCGGCUGCUGCAGCAGCAGGACCGGCAGCAGCAGCAGCAGCAGCAGCAGCAACAGGCCUAGGACUGCCACCUUCGUCCAGCUCCUUCCCUGCCGCUGCUGCCCGCCCCCAAACGCAUGCAUCAAGUGCGUCGUCUGUGGGGCCCCCUGCGACAGAGCCUCCGUCCGCAGCAGCAGCAGCAGCAGCAGCAGCAGCAGCAGCAGCGGCUUGGAGCUAGCAGCCACCGCGCCUGGCAGCAGCACGCAGCGGUGGUGGGCGCAGUCCGAAAGGCUGCGGAGGCUGUGGGGCCGGCUGCCGGGGGACGCAGUGGCUCAGCGUGUGUCUUUGUCUUUGCGGCUGCUGCAGCUAGCAGCAGCAGCAGCAGCAGCAGCAGCAGCAGAAAAGUCAAGUGGGGCCGCGCAGGACAUGCCCCUGGGACUGAUGGCCCUCGCAGCAGCUGCUCAGCGGCAGCAGGCCAUGGCGGCUCUGCGGGCCUCGCCUAGCGACUUGCCUGUUGCAGCAGCAGCAGCAACAGCAACAGCAACAGCAACAGCAGCAGCAGCAGCAGCACAAGGGGGCAGGCGCGCUCUCUAUGAAGGCUUCGGCGAUGUUGCUGUUUCGGACCCGCACCGCCGCUACGCCAUACUGCUAAUGCACAGACUUCAGCAGCGCGCGCUGUGGGACGCCCAGAGAUGCACCGCCAACGGCAACAUUGAAAUUCUGAGGGAAUAUGCUCGAGCUGUAGUUGCUUCUCGAGAGGCCCCGCUGCUGAUUCGUUCGCCUUUAGAAAUGGGCUGGGGGCGCAUGCAGCAGCAGCAGCAGCAGCAGCAGCAGCAGCAGCAGCACAGGCCUGUGGGCUUCGCUACGCUGCGCGGCGGCGGGCGUAGGACUGCGACGGAGUCGCCGGCGUCCCGCGCUGCAGCAGACUUCGAGGACGAUGCAGCAGCAGCAGCAAGAGGGAGAGGCCGCAUGCAGCGGGCAGCAGCAGCAGCAGCUGCUGCUGCUGCUGCGCGUCGCAGCAACCGCGCCCAGUGGGGUGGAGAGUUUUUGUCUCCUCGGAGACACCGGCGGCUGCGGCUUGCUUCCUCUUCUUCGUCCUCGCGCAGCAGCAGCAGCAGCAGCAGCAGCAGCAGCAGCAGCAGCACGAGCAGCAGCAGCGAGGCGGAGGGCGCGUCGAGCCGGCCGGGGUCGGCGUCUGCGGGGGGCUGCGCAGCAGCAGCAGCAGCAGCAGGGCGCCGGCCGCGGCGCAUGCGCUGCGGCGCAGCGUCUCCUGCUGCAGCAGCAGCAGCAGCAGCAGCAGCAGAAGACACCCCACACGGGGCGCAGCGCCGCAGCUGCCGCCUCGCGGGCACUUCUGCUGUUGAUGCCAUGGCGCUGCUGGCAGACCCCACAGUCCCUGACAGCAGCAAGAAGGAGUUGCUGCGGCUGGCGGAUCCUGACGAGCUGAAGCUGGCGCGGCAGCACCGGCUGCUGCUGCGCAGGAAGGAGGAAGCAGCAGCAGCAGCAGCAGACAGCAGCAGGCUGCCGCCCCAGCGCAUCGGCGUCCCCGAGCGCUGUCUCCACCAGCGCUACGCGGGCUUUUUGCCUUUUCCCCACGGCAGCAUUUUCUCCAUUAAGGAGCUGCUGCUGCUGCAGCAGCAAGCAGCAGCAGCGGGCGCGAGUCGUUGGCUGAGGCUUCAGGCGCUGCAGCGGGGCUGGCAGCAGCGCCCGCGGGACUCCCAACAGCAGUAG